AUGACUACUCCCACUACCCAAGAGGAUGUGGAUGCCGCUGAGUGCUUGCUCUUUCUUGCAGGCUCUAGAGAGAGCAAUCAGACACCAAACCAGUGCAGCGAUGCCCGUCAUACUAGAGCACAUAGCACACAGAGCACAGUGAGCCUUCCUGGUGCUUAUGCGAGCGGCUGUGAUCAGCGCUAUAAUCAAGCACAGCUCCCUCCGCAAAGGCAGAUCACUCCUCCAACACAGCUCCCUCCUCGAAAGCGACAACAGCUCGCUCAUCCGGCACAAUUGCCCUAUCAAGCACAGUAUCUCCCCCAAGCGCAGUAUCCCUCCAAGGCCCAGUAUCCCCCCCAAGUACAGUAUUCUCCUCAAGCACAGUAUCUUCCUCAAGGACAAUAUUCCCCUCAAGCACAGUACCACCCUCAAGCACAGUACUAUCUCCCUCAAGUACAGAUUCCGCCUCAAGCGCAGAUUCCCCCUCAAGUUCAGAAGCCUUCUAAAGCGCAGAACCCCCCUCAAGGGCAGAACGCUCCUCAAGUGCAGAAUCGACCUCAGGUGCAGAAUCGCCCUCGGGCACAGAAAUCCCAUCGAGGACAGAAUCUUCCACGACCACAGCUCCCCCCUGGACGCUCAAAUAUCGUCUCGCAACCCUCUGGGCCACCGAAGAUCUCCCAACCCCCACAGAAUCCCAACCAGCAACAGGGAUCCACCGCAGUGCCAGCACAGCAACCCCAACAACUGGGAGCAAACAUUAACCCCCAAUUAGCGCUGCAGGCAUAUCUAAUCCGCCAGCAGUUAAUCGCCGGUAUUCAGCCAGAGAACAUCAUACCUAUGUGUCAGCAGGGAAGCAACACAAAAGUAAAAACACCGGCAAUUGUACAGAUAACCAACGAGGGUAUCAAGGUGCCGAAUAUCCCCCCUGCACAAUUCACUGGCAGCUUUCAGCCAAUCCCUCAGGACCAGUUGGCAUCCAUACCCCUUCAGCCAGCCGGGACAGUGGGAGCAAGGCCGCAGAUUGCUACCCAGACUAGAGUUUCGAGCAAUAACGUCCUUCCAGCAGUGUCUGCUCGUGCGUUGAAACCAGAUGAGACUGAUGCCAGAACCGUACAACCGCAGCCAGGAGCCAUCGGCCAGCCAGAAACCAUGACUCUCCCACAGCAGCCAACAGUUAUCCGCCGCCCGGAAGCCAGAACAAUGCCACAGCAGCCACGAGACCUUGGUCGCUCAGAAGCCAGGACUGUACCGCAGCAGCCAAUCCCACGAGCCAUUGGCCACCCAGAAGCCCAGACCGUAUCACAGCAGCCACAGGUAAUCGGCCCGCCAGCCCUGAAUAUGGCUUCGAAUGAAAAUGCUAGAGUUCAGCCACCCCCUCAACUUAUAGUUCCUAUCCUCCCCCAUGGAGGGUAUGACCUCCUGCGACAUUUCGCAUACUACCCUCAACUCGCUCUUGACCUCACCAGUUACCUCGACGUCAAUGAUAUAGUCAACAUCGGUGCUGUAUCCAAACCUUUUCACGACUUCCUCUGCGCAUAUAUCGGACAUAUUACCACAACCUAUGCAGCAGCACGCCACCAUCUCUCUUCCAUUACCUUCCCCGUCCUCUGUUAUCCUCGAUUGUGCGCCCAACCCAGACAGUGGCGUACUUUCCAACCUCAAGACCGCCAGCUUAACCUUGAUGUCCUCGUGCCGUCCAUCCAAUGGCUCCGAAUGCUUUCAUACCGCGAUAGCGUUGUGCUAGAUAUCAUAGUCCUCCUUCACCAGGCUGGCUAUAACCUCCCGGCAGCAGCCUAUCAACCCAUUUUGAAAAUCUGGGCUUUGAUGGAUAUCCCAGACAACGAGCGCCGGGAGUGGACGAUCCGUAACCGGUGCGUCUGGCAAGAUGGGGACAUCUUUCUCGCUACACUCUUCCUUGUCCAACUGGAUAUGUAUUUGCGCCAGAAGCGCGACCAGCAAAGCAAUAGUAUCCGACGACUCCUAAUGGCACAGCCUACCCUUACCUUCCUACAUAAAUAUAUCCAAGGAACAGUGUUGCAGACUCCUAUGGAUGUUUUGGCUGAGUAUGUGCGCUGGAAAUACGCACCUGAAACUGCUACUCAGGGGGAAAGGGAUAUUUUCGGCGUGCCGAUUGAGGACGCGGGCAGUUUGCAGUAUGAGUGGUAUGGCAAGAAGCGUGGAGUGGGAGUGGGUGAAGAAACAAGGGUCAGGCUGCGCCGCCCCGAUGAAUGCAUUCUGCUAGAGCUGAAAAGAAGAGGCCUGAGUCCGCAUGAUAUGUAUGUGGAGUUCUUUGUUUGCAAUCGUGGUCAUGUUUUCUUUCCUGUGGAUAGGAAGUCAGUGUCUUGGGUUGCGCAGAUGAGGGAAUAUGUGGCGCAAAAUGGAGGUAACUGGAUGGAUGCUGUGAGAUUGGAUUGAUUGAUCUUACAGUGUGGUGGAAGUAUCAGUUGGAAUGUUGAUCUGGC